AUGCUCCCGGGGGUCCCCUCCGCCCUGGUGUGCUCCUCCACUCGCCCGCAGCUGCGAGCUGGGCAACGGGAACCACAGACCGGCGCGGAAAACACCGGCCUGCGGGCUGCUGCGGGAGCUCCUGGAGCAACUUGGGGCUGCCGCCACUUGCUCCCCACAGACUCACGAGGACCCUGCCACCCGGACCAGGUUCAGGCAUCCGAAGCACCGACCCUUCCGAGGAAAUGCCUACCUCACGUGCCACCACCCGGUUUCCUCUGUAAAGUCCUCCAAGACGUAGAAUUUGGAAGAAGCAGCGGCUCUGAGUUGCACGGAGCCUCGGAAGAUGGGAGCAGCAGCAGCUCCUGUAAACCGCUGUUCGACUGUGCCUGGGCUUUCUGUGGACAGGAGAGUAAACUUAGCGUGCUUCAACCUACGCCCAGGCGCAGUACCGCCCAGCCGUCUCAUGAAACUUCAUCUGAGGACUCAACUGCAGAAAACCUACAAUGGACCCCUGCCACCAACUACAUCACAUCUAAUAAUCUACUAUGUCUCAAAGAUUGUAACACAGCAUUUCUUUCCACUGGCUUUUUACCUCAUUUCUUUAACCCAUCUCCCCAUACAUCCAUGCUCAAUUCAUUUCAACUAAGCCACUGUACGUCUCAGAUGCUGUUGUUUUGGCUGGUUGCACUGUUUUUCUAUAUGUAAAUCUCUCCAUUUUGAAGACUUAGAGCCAAUGCAGUAGGAUUUAGAGGUUGGGCUUUAGGGAAGUGGUUGGGUCAUGGGGCUCUGACCUAAUGAAUAGGUGGGCCCACUGAAAGGUUCCUACUGUGGUGAACUAUUGGGAUUUAACUGAAAUUUAGAAGGGCAGACUUAGAUCAAGGGAGGUCAUUGGGGUCUCUCCUGAGAAAGUAUGUCUUGUCCUGAACAAGAGUGCUCUGCCACACAGUCCCAGCCAUGAUGUUCUGCUUCCCUGGCCGGUGGACUGACAUCUCUGAAAUCACAAAUCAAAGUAAACCUUUCCUCCUUUUGGGGUCACUUAAGUAUAUCAUCAAGGAAGGGCAAGCCAGCCUAAAUAUAGCUAUCU